AUGCCACUAGCCGAUGGCUCUGUUGUGAAAGCUCCAGAGGACAUCAAUGAGCAUUGCCUGGUUCUAAUGGCAGAUAUCUUCCCAACCGGAUUCUUUGCCGCCCAAAACGGCUUCAAGCACUUCAAAAAGGAGCAGAUUCCGGACUUGACCGUGGUCGUGAUGGGAUGUGGCCCCGUGGGACUCUGUGCUCUUAUCAACGCCGAGGAAUACAAGCCAAAGAACUUGCUGGCUGUCGAUUCGGUGCCUGCACGCCUUGAACUUGCCAAGUCCCUCGGAGCAGAGCCAUGGAACUUCCAAACUGAUCGAGAGGGUCUUGAGAAGCGUGUUAAGGAGCUGACUGAUGGGCGUGGAGCUGAUAUUGUGAUCGAAGUUGUUGGCUUGAGUCCGGCUCUCAAGAUGGCCUUCGAUCUUCUGCGACCGUGGGGAGUUAUUAGCAGCGUUGGUGUUCACAAUGCUGAGGUGAAUCCAAUCUUCUAUUUGCGAAUGCGUUGUGAGCUCCCUCUGCUAACGAACUUGGAUAUACCUAGAUCCCAUGGAAUGGAAACCAGGCGUAUGGCAAGAAUCUCACGAUCCAAAUGGGACGAUGUCCGGUGA